AUUUCACUAUUUCUCCAACAAAGGCGUUUGAUCGAUCUAAGAGCAUGAGUUGCAAUGGCUGCCGCGUCCUUCGAAAAGGCUGCAGCGACACCUGUAUUUUAAGACCUUGUCUCCACUGGAUCGACUCCACCGAAGCGCAAGGCCACGCCACCGUCUUCGUCGCCAAAUUCUUCGGCCCGCCCGGCCUCAUGUCCUUCAUCUCCGCCGUCCCCCACUCCCAGCGACCUGCUCUAUUUCAGUCGUUGCUGUUCGAAGCGGCCGGAAGGACGGUGAAUCCGGUGAACGGGGCGGUGGGGCUGCUGGGGACGGGCAAUUGGCACGUCUGCCAGGCGGCGGUGGAGACGGUGCUCCGAGGCGGCGCGUUGAAGCCACUCCCGGAGCUCCUCGGCGGCGCGUCGGCGCCCGACGACGCCUCGGACUGCACCGAUGCGUUCCGCCUCCACAGCCCGGUGAAACGGCGCCGUUUACCCGAGGAAGCAGCGGCGCCGAAGGUCGCGCAGGUGGCCGAUCUCGAUCUCAGCUUGACGCCGGGUUUCCGAGGCGGCGUUUUGCCGGAGAAGCCGCGGCGGCUUGGGAGCCCGUCGAUGAAUUCGGAAGAAUCUGUGACGACGACUUGUGGAGAUCGGCGAGCGAAUGAAGUGAAGUUGUUGAAUUUGUUUAGUUAAAUUAGGUUUUUCGAUUUCUUUUUUAUUUUAUUUUGGUCCUCGUAGAGAGGUUUAUUUGCCGGAGAUUUUUUCCGGCUGAUUUUGAAGUCGUCGGCGCAGG